AUGCUGCUCCUGCACCAAACAGGCUCCGUCAAGGUUGGAGAGGUCGUGCGAUAUACUCUGACCUACACGCCCAGCCAUGACCGGAUCCUGCCGCCGCCGGGACAUCUGUAUGUCAAGAUCAAGAACACGGCCGCGAUCCCUCUACGCGCCGCCUACCUCCACGGGCCUUAUACACUCUACGUCGCGUGCUAUCCUUCGACAUUCAAUCCUUACAAGAAGCAUGUCAGAUAUAAGGAGGAGGGAGCGCCCGACUUCGAACCGCAGCUCAAGGCCGGAGGCCAAUGGUACGCUAGGCUGACUGUCCCUGAGGAGGUGCGGAAUGACGCCUACCAUGCCAGUCCGGGUGGCCGGAAGGAUGUGGACAGAACCGAACGUAAAAGCUUCACUUGGAUUAUCGAGGUGGCUUCGCAGAUCAUCUUCUCCAGGACGGCAAGCGUGUCUUUUGAUGUGCUCGUCGGCCGCGACGAGAAAUCUGUCGAGUUAGGUCUACAUGGAGUCAUUGGAGCGAACCAGGGAUUACCGGGGACGCUGGCCGAUCACCACCAGGGCAGUUCAAAAAACGCAGCACAACGCCGGGGCGUGUUUUCCAAGGCCGUCCGGCUGGCGGUCGAUGACACCGAAAGCCUAUGGAAUACUCCUCCCUUCCCGAGUUGGGAGGACGACGGUGAUGUCAAGGUGGAGGAGGGCCCUCAACAUGGCGACAAACGGGAUGCUGCCGCAAAGAAGAACGAGAAACAGCGCCGGCAAAAGAAAAUCCAUCUGGUACUUCUUACCCAUGGUCUCCACAGUAAUCUCGGCGCGGAUAUGCUUUACAUGAAAGAAGGUAUCGACACUGCAGCCAAGCAAGCACGGGAAGAUAGUAAGAAACGGAAGGCAGAAAGACGGCAAGCCCAAGAAUCGGCCCAGUCAACGCUGGAAGGAGACGAUGGUCGGAGGUCAAAUUCGGCACAAUUGGAUAAUGCUUCGGAUGAUGAAGAGGACGAAGAGCAGGUGAUUGUUCGAGGGUACAAUGGCAAUGCCGUAAGGACGGAACGUGGCAUCCAGUACCUGGGCAAACGCUUUGCGAAAUACGUCCUUUCGCUCACCUACCCCGACCAGCCUUACCUGCCCGCUAAGAGCGAAAAGGGUAAGAACCUCACAAAGUCUUUCACCGGGUCGAAGCCAACGCCGCAGAGUGGCGCAGAGCCAUCACACAAGAACAGCAGUAUCAUUAAAGAUGAGAACCACAGCAAACACAAGCUCCCAUACCGCAUCACCAGCAUCAGCUUCGUCGGCCACUCAUUGGGCGGUCUCGUCCAAACUUAUGCGAUAGCAUACAUCCAGAAACAUUCUCCCGACUUCUUCGACCUCAUCAAACCCGUCAACUUCAUCGCAUUGGCUACUCCUUUCCUGGGCCUGAGCAACGAGAACCCAGUCUACGUUAAGUUUGCUCUGGACUUUGGUCUUGUCGGUAGAACGGGACAGGAUCUUGGGCUGACAUGGCGCGCCCCGACGCUGGCCAAGAGCGGCUGGGGUGCCGUGAUUAGUGGCCUAACAAGCGAAGCACAAAAGGCACAUAAGGAGCCUGAUCCGGGGGCCAAACCUCUGCUGCGCGUGCUUCCAACAGGUCCGGCGCAUGUCGCGCUCAAGAAGUUUCGGAACCGAACAGUCUACUCAAAUGUCGUUAAUGAUGGGAUAGUGCCCCUAAGGACGUCAUGCCUUCUCUUCCUGGACUGGCGAGGCUUGGGUCGUGUCGAGAAAGCCAGGCGGGAGAAUGGCUUGGUGGGCACAAUGGUAGAAUGGGGUUGGGCCGAAGUGACCGGGCAGAAUGUCAGCAAGAAAUUAUCAUGGAGUGCACAACUCAGCGAUAGUGGCGACGAGAGUAACAAUAAUGCAGACAAAACCUCAUCGGAUCCCGAGUCGAAUGUUCCCCAGGCCGAGGCAAGUCAGGGGUUUGACAACGACGAGAGAGCACAACCGAAAGCAAAUCAAUUCUUACGAAGGUCAACAGACCAGAGUUCCGUACAAUCAGGAGAUGCAAGUGUCACGACAUCGUCUACCGCCCCGAAUCUAUGGACUGGGUUGUUGAACUUUUUCCGACCUCAAGCUGGUGAACACAAACCAGAGCCGAAGGGGCCCCGGAAGGUGAAAAAGAUAUACCGACGAGGCCAGACAAUGCAUCAUCAGGAUGACAAUGGCCAACAAGGCUCGGGCACAGCUACUCCAGACGAGGAAGCACACGAUAGUCAUGAUGAUGGGGGCAGCAGUGGCAGGAAAGGUUUGGUUCGAGGUUCUUCUUUGUACACCACCAAUUCCAACGAAGGCGAAGUCGAGGCUCCUCCACGAACGUCGUUCUUCGAAUCAGCCGGUGAUCUUCUCAAUCCUCCAUUGCCCACGCGUGAAUUCAUCCUCGAUCCUGGGGCGCGGCCGCGAACCAUCUGGCACGACCGUGUCUAUCAUCCGGAAGACAUUCCACCUCCGCCAACCAAACGUCAACGCACAUUCAUGUUGAAACGGGCCGGCUCUCAAAGCCAACCAGAUCUGGCGAAUGAUUCUUUGCAUCCCGAGCAAAGUAGCCAGUCAUCCGGACAGAGCCAAAGCCAAGCAGUCGGGACCAUGAAAAUCGAAGAAAAGAUUGCACGAGCCUACCACAAGGACUUGUCGUGGAGAAAAGUUCUGGUGCGUCUGGAACCCGAUGCGCAUAACAAUAUCAUUGUACGCCGGAUGUUUGCCAACGCUUAUGGAUGGCCCGUGGUCAAGCAUGUGUGCGACACUCACUUUGCGUUUACAGCAUCGGCUCAGACGCGGGACGAGGACGAACCGAGUACGGAGCGAGUCAAACUCAGAAGCCAUGCUGUCCAGCCUGGAGGAGAGCAGGUCGAAGGGCAAACGAAACAGCCAGCCGAGCAGGACGAGAAGGAGCAGCAGCCGCACGCACCAAACGAUCAUGAUGAUGAUGAUCAUGGACAACCGCUUGUCAGGUCACCAACUGCCGAGGCAGAGGAUGUAGUCGUCACAGCCGCAAGCCCAAGUAGAGAAGCUGACGCCCGUGAAGAGCUACAAAGACAAAAGCUACACACCGGCUGGCAAACGCGCCAGCGAUCUGUUCGCACCGAAUCUGAAAGCCGAGAGUCGCGCGACGACGUGUCGGAACUGGUGUCGAAAAUCAGCGUCGGAGGCGAAAGCAGCUAUCACAGCAUGAACUCGGGUAAAGCCGCAUUGGCCCGCCUAGCUAGACAGGACAGUGCAAGAUGGAGCGACCGGUUCUUUGAGGGCAGCGACGAGGGCGAGGACGAAGGAGACGAUGAUUCCGUGCUUGCGAAUGAGAUUCGCAGGGCUCGAGCCAGAGCUGAAUUGGACAAGCUGAGUGUUGAAAGUUAUGAUGAUGAUGUUGACCAUGAUGGGCAAGACCAAGAGCACCAAGCGACGACGACAAGCGCUAGAAUCGCAGCUGCGUUGACGGCGAGUCCACAGAGUACGAAACUCGUGCCGUCUAGCAAGAAACAAGAGGCGGACGACAGUUAUGCCGCUGGUCAGGGUCAGGGUGUUGGCCACAACAAUAGAAUCACUGAACCAGAAGAGGCCCCGUUGACCGCUGAACCGGCUGAACUCGAACCUCUGUCUCAUUCUCAUUCUCAUUCUCCUUCAGGCACUAGCACCAGCACACUACCCGAGCAGGGGCACUGGCAUGGGCACCAAGAUCAUGAUGUCGAAGAAUCCGACUUGGGUGGUACGUCGACCGGCUCUCCCUCGCCCGGUACCGCUACUGCAGGGUCAGCGUUGGGAUUAGCACUCGCGGACCAUGUGACUCCAGACGAGCGAUUACAGCGGAUGGCUUUGCAAGAAGGCGGACCUAGUACCAGUCCGACUUCUGCGAGCGGUGGUGGUCCGGACAGGGACGGUCAUGGUGUGCCAGUGGGUAUAGUUGAACAAGUCGCCCGGGUACGGAGUAAGGAGCAGCAGCAAUAG